AGGAAUCCUCCUCCUCGGUUCACAUGACCAUGUGACGGCUAAGUGUCCCAUGGCCUCCAAGCCAGGGCUAUCCACGUGAGAAGGGAUCCUUUAGAAGAGAAGAGCAGACACUCGGUGGGGUGGGGUGAGAAGGGGGGAAAGAGAGAGAAAGAAGAGUUUUACACGCAGCAAUGACUUCAGCCAAAGAGGAGGACGACAUGGACGAGAGACUGGCACACAUUAAACAAGAGGACUGUGAGUGGGGCGCACCGGAGGAACUGGACGUCAAGUCAGAAGAUUGCAAAGAAACGGUUUCAGUUUUUAAAGAGGAGGAGUCCAAAGAGAUGACCGUCGAAGUGAAAGUCGAGAAUGCGGAAGAUUUCUCAGUCAGCCUUAAAGUUCAAAAGCACGAAAGUGAGAAUAUUGUUAAGCAAGAGAUUUGGGACGAGCCCCAUUCCGGUUUGCAGCCCCAGUUCCCUAAUACGGGACAACAGGCUAUCAAACAGGACUCGGAGUCGGAGUUACGCGAGUGCGAGGAGAAAAUCGGUGAAGGAAACGGGAGAGAGGCAGAAGAGCAGCAGCCUUUAUCCGGGAGUUUGGGAACAAAUUUGCGAGAGAAUGCCCUCUCCUCUGCAUCUUCAUUUGCUCAGACAUCCCUUCGGUUCAAAUUGCAACCCAAGCAGGAGAAGCAGAAGAUUAAGAAAUCAACAAGAGGAUCAGGGAAUCUGAUAGCAGCUUCUUUACAAUACAGAUCUCUUCCUGCAAGAGAAGGCAUCAAUACUGACCAACAUCAAGCGCAUAACACAGAGCAAGAGGCUUUGUGUGCUGGCCAGGAGUGUGGGCAAAAUGUUCAAAACAAAUCUUACUGUAAAGAUCUCAAGGCAAUUAAUUCAAGACCAAAGCCGUAUUGCUGUUCUACUUGUGGCAAACUUUUCCCUUUCAGAAGCCGUCUAAAGAGGCACAUGAGAAUUCAUACUGGAGAAAAACCUCAUUGCUGCUCUGAAUGUGGAAAGCAAUUUUCUGAUAGUAACGGCCUCCAAAAACAUUCAAAAAUCCACACUAGAGAAAAACUGUAUGUCUGUACAGAAUGUGGCAAACAAUUCACUGUCAGUAGCUAUCUUCAGAGGCACAUGAGAAUUCAUACUGGAGAAAAACGUUAUUGCUGCUCUGAUUGUGGGAAACGAUUUUCUGGCAGUUCCAGUCUCUCAAAACAUGCAAGAAUCCACACUGGAGAAAAGCCUUACGGCUGCGCUGAAUGUGGAAAAAGAUUCAGUAACAGUAGUGCUAUUCAGAGCCACAAAAGAGUUCAUGCUGCAGAGAAGCCUUAUUGCUGCUCUGUAUGUGGCAAACGAUUUUCUUUCAAUUGUAGCCUCCAAAUACACACAAGAAUCCACACUGGGGAAAAGCCGUAUGGCUGUGAUGAAUGUGGCAAACGAUUCAGUAACAGUAGUGCUGUUCAGAGUCACAAGAGAGUUCAUACUGGAGAGAAAGCUUAUUGCUGCUCUGAAUGUGGGAAACGAUUUUCUGAUAGCUGCAGUCUCCAAAGACAUACAAGAAUCCACACUGGAGAGAAACCCUAUGGCUGUGCUGAAUGUGGAAAACGAUUCAUUCAAAGUGGCCAUCUUCAGAGUCAUUUAAGAAUUCACACAGGAGAGAAGUCAUACGGCUGUGCCGAAUGUGGCAAACAAUUUAGUGGCAGUAGUCAUCUACAGAGGCACAUAAGAAUUCAUACAAGAGGAAAACUCCAUGGCUGCUCUGAAUGUGGCAAACAAUUUUAUGACCGUAGCAGUCUCCAAAAACAUAAACGAAUUCACACCGGAGAAAAGCCAUAUAGCUGUGGUGAAUGUGGAAAGAAAUUCAGUAACAGUAGCCAUCUUCAGAGCCACACACGAAUCCAUACUGGAGAAAAACCUCAUUGCUGUCCUGAAUGUGGCAAACAUUUUUAUGACGUUAGCAGUCUCCAAAGACACGCAAGAAUCCACACUGGAGAAAAGCCCUUUAGCUGUUCUGAAUGUGGCAAAAGAUUCUUUCAAAGUUGCCAGCUUCAGAGUCACACAAGAAUUCACACAGGAGAGAAGCCCUAUGGCUGUGCUGAAUGUGGCAAAAGAUUCUCACACGGUAGCGCCCUUCAGAGGCAUAAACAAGUUCAUACUAAAGGGAAGCCAUGUUGCAGUCCUGAAUGAGGCAAACACUUCACCAGCAGUAGCCUUCUUCUGAAUUCAUACUGGUGAAAAAUGUUUGAACCCGGAUGAAACAUAAAUACUUGUGCAUAAGACACUAAGACAAGGAAUACGUCAGCAGAACAAAAGGAUCCAUCACCGCACAUUACAAAUCCUAGGCUAUAAAUCAAUUUAGUGAUCCCUGUGCUACCCGGCAGUUUGGGAGCAAUUAACUAGCCACAAAAUGACCUUCGUAAACUGGACAAUAAAGCACAAAAAUUGCUGCACGUAUACCAGUUAAUUUACAAAAAUCAGUGUGUACUAAGAGUUUCCAUCCCAAGACAUGGAGGAGGUAUGGUAUAGUGAGGUUUAGUGAAAUCGACUACUCAUAGAAAUCAGCAAUAAUUGGACCAUAGACUUGCCAGUUGAACAAAAAAUAAUAUUCAACCUCAAAUUAAGAAAACCCAACACGUCCUCCGUAAUCAAGCUAACUUUAUUUUAUUUUAAGGAGGGACGGAAAUUUCCCCACCUUGUGCACAGAUAGACACAUGUGGAGUUGGAUUACUGCUAAAAGUCUGUGUGCUAGCCAACCACCCACCAUUUUGUAAACGCGAGUUACGUCUUGAGUGCGUUUAGUAAGCGCUAAUCACAUCCUGAGCGUACGCGAUGCGCCCUUGGCAAGUGUUUUGCAGUCAUAUGACUUUUAGCAGCGCUGUUGUG